UUUUUCAAAGAUAUACUAUUGUAAUGUAAGAUAUCAAAAGUACGUUUACAUACAGUAAAGAUGCAUUAUAACGUAUCAUAAGCUUUAGGAUGAAAUCACGUACAAUAUUUUUGAUUAAAAAAAUAAACAUCACGACUUUGAGAACAGAUAUGGCGUUGUUCAUAUAGCUGGCAGAUAACUGGGUGAAAACAAACUUGCCCAUUAAAAAUUAAGUCUUAUAUUUCCAGUUUCAAAUUAAUUUGAACAUUUGUUUCUAUCAAAAAUUAAAACUUUCUUCACUUCAACAGACACCGAUAUUUUGACACUCGUCCAAUGCACAGUUUGAUUGCAUGGCUAAAAGUUAUCUUCUCUGGAAAUCCGAUUCAGAAUGAACAUGAAACACAUAUGUUAGUAAUCAGAUCUAUAUGUAAGAAAUAAGCAGAUAUGAUCUUUAGUCAGAGUGAAAGAGUGAAUUUCAUAUAUUUACAUUUUAAUCUAACAUUCAUUGAUAAACUUUAAGGUACGCUGUAAUGUUAGUGUUGGAAAAAGCAACAGAAGUAUUUUCUUGAUUUUCUUGUUCCUAGUACAGUGUGUGUCAUCUAGUGCUUUAUAGCCGCCGGACAUUAAUAUUGAAAAUGAAAAGGGUGAACAUUGCAUGUCUAGACUACAUAACACGUUGUUUUGGGUAUAUGUAACUAUGGAUAAUUCAAUCAUAAAAAAUCUUCGGAAUAAUUAACUAUAACCAUACUGUGCUAAAUUAUGUUUAAGGUUCAAUCGUUGAUUUGUGUGUUUUUUGUCUCCAUUGGAUUGAAUUUAGUUAUUUUCAAUUCAUACUUUAAAGAAAACAAAGAGAAUGAAUGGAAAAAUGGCACAUUUAGGUCAAUAUUUCAAACGAUAAACAAACAUAAACAAUUUCGAAGCGAAAAUGCAAUUAUACCUGACAAAAACGUUGUGAAGUCCACAAAAUGUGAGGAUGUCAAUAUUUCGGCAAGCCCGUUGCUAUCCACAUUACAGCUAGAACGUUUUGAUCGGUUACUUAAAAUUGGAGAUAGAAUACGUGUAUUUGUACAACUGUUUGAUUCCUAUGGGAAAAGGAAAACAACAGGCGGAGAUUAUCUUCGUGCUAGAAUAUGGAAGGAAGAGUUUAAUUUGUCAGCACCUGGAAUAGUGUUUGAUAAUACAAACGGAUCAUAUCUGAUAAUAUUUGAAUGUUUCUGGAGCGGACUAUCACAGAUAAUUGUAUCAAUAGCAUAUACACAAGAAGCAGUUUCAGCACUGUUUAAGUUAAUGACAAAGGUACUUGCUAUGGUAAACAUUGAAGCAAGAUACGAACUUGGAAAUGAAACGGAGGAUUUGUUCUGUCAUCCCGACAUAGGCCACUUAAAGAUGCAUACACAUUACAAAGAUAUUUGCAAUUUUACUAGUUUGAAUUCGGGAUUACCAUGGUUUUGUGGAAAGCCUAAAAGAAAAACUUUACAAUGCAAGGAUUGGAAAUAUAGCAGACAUACAUACCAGGAUAAUACAUUUUUGCUAAAUCAAUGUGAAAAAGAUGUUUUGAAAAGAUCGCAUCAAAGGCUUGAACAAACUAUUAACGUUUCUAUUCAGGAGACAAAGCAGACGAAAGAACGCCUCUCUUGUUUCAAAUAUAACAUUACUAAUUUGUGGUUUCUGAAACAGACAACCGGAUAUUUACAGAACACGACUUGGCAUACAACACAUUGCAAAGGUUUAAUCGAAGAAAAUCUUAGCCGUUGUAUCAGAAAUAAAACGCUUUACCUAUUUGGAGACUCAACUGUUAGACAAUGGUAUUCAGCAAUAAAAAGACGGAUUAAUUGUAAACAAUUUACGAAGAAAAUGACAUAUCCAAUAUCUAAAUUAACAACAGCAGGAUGUACCGCGACAAGUAUUAACUUCACGAUGUUUUUAGCACCGCACUCUUAUCCGUUUUAUAUUAGCAAAAACCACUGGAAAUUUGCUUUAGAUUAUUUGAUUUCAAUAUCUAGACGAAUUGACCAAAUAUCACCAUUUGAAGAUGCAGUACUUUUGGUCCAUGUAUUUGCACACAUGAAAACGUUCCACUUUAAAAACUUCAGGAAAAAGAUCAGCCAUAUCCGUCAUGCUAUUGAAAGACUUUUAGAAAGGAAUAAACAUGUUAAAAUAUUCAUUAAGAUGCCACAUACAUUUACUGAGAAUAUUGCAGGAUUGAAUGACUUUUUCGGUUGGCAAUUUUCAAAAAUAAUAUUCGAGACAUUUGAUGGGCUAUUUGAUGAAGUAAUACCCUUAGAUCAAAAAGACGCAACCAUUGCAGCAAUGUCAAAAUUCUUACACCCCCCUAACUUUAUAGUCGAGGCUAUGGUUAAUCAAAUGUUUAGUUACGUGUGUGAGUAAUUAAUCACACUUGAGAAAUUGGAGAAAACAACAAAUAUUUAAUUUACCUGGAUGAGCAGAUAUUCAUUUUUUUUUGUUAAGAAUCUUCAAGGUCAAUCGAAAAAAUGUUAUGAAAUACAACUCAGCUACUAAUAGUGAUAAGUUACGGUUAGUUUAUAUGAAUGCAAACACCAUGUUGCCGGUGCAAAAUGAAAAUGUUUGAUUUAGCCCCGUUUUGGAUCAGAGAAAAUGCGCUAAUAAACUUUUCGAUUUUAAUUUUCAUCAGGAUGUUAGUAGAUAUUGUGAAAUGUUGCUACGUCAUUUCUCCGAUCUAUACUUUUUUAGGGUCACUGAUCCCAAUUCUUUUGGCAUUGAACACAUGAUAAUGCUAAAAAGUAGGUAAAAAAAGGCAACCAGUUAUAUCUCAUGAACCAUUCAAUUAAACAAAGAAUUUGGGUUCAUACAUGUAUAAUGUUUUUCUUUGAAGAUCAACCUUACAGGAAAUAUAUUUUAUUUUAACCAGCUAUACAAACGUUUUCUUAUAUUAAGUAAGUCUGGUAUUUAUUAUAUAACUCAAACAGUAAGACCAUAUAGCCGAACAUUUUGCAUAUAAAGCACUAAAGGUGAGACAUAUUCAAAAAUACAAAUAUGUAUAAAAUAAACAGUGUUAGCGGUAUUUCCUAUCAUUUCAAUUUUGAUUACUCAUGAGCAAUGGUGCGAAAUAAAUAAUAUAUCAAAUCUUAAGACUUAGAAAGUUUUUGGGGGGGUUUUUGGCAUUUUUUCACAAUGACAUUUGAAAAGAGGUUCAAUAAAUUUGUUGCACUCGUUGUUUAAAUUUUUAUUGAUUAUUUGUGUCAACAAAUCAAUGUUUCAAAUGUUUUGUCACUGCAUUUAUUAUUAGUUUUGCAUAUAAAAAUAGAUACAUUUAUAUAAAUAAAAUACAAAUAUAAUGAAAUAACCUCAUGUAAGGUUUUAUGGACUUAAAUGGUUAAUAAAAACAUUUACAAACAUAACGAGCCAGCGACAGGGUCUCACGCAAACGACGUUAAGGGGUUUAUCCUCUUUGUGCUAAUCAUGCACCCUUUAAGAAGCUCAUAUUGAAAGUAGCUCAGUGUGAAAUAUAAAAUUUGGAAUUCUUAUAGGGACACAUCUAGUCUAACGAACCCGAGGCCCCGUGUUUACGGGGAUCAAACUAAGGAUCAAAUUUAAAAAAUCUGAAAUUCUUCUUUGAAUUAUUAAAUAUCUAAUAUUAAUUGCCAAUGGAUAAAAUUGGACAUGCAAUUGCAAGUUUAUGAAAUUUUAAAGUAAAUUGAUUGUUAUUUUUGCAAGAUACGGGCGUUUUAGAAUUGAUCCAAAUAUUGAUCCUGAUCCUAAAAUUGAUCUUUAUUUUGAUCGACAUAUUUGUAUUUGUAUUUUUAUUUGUCGAUUUUAACACAAAAUAGUUUUGUUUCUCUGCAAAUAAGCAUUGUUUACAUUUUGAAUAUGUACUAUUUAAUUCAAGCAAAACACGAUUAAUUUAGUAACAUUAAUCAAUGAAAAUAAAAUCAAAAUCACUUGAUCUUGAUCUUUUCUUAGUGAUUAUUGGGCCAGAAGAAAAAAAUAUUAGUGUACAUGCAUUUUUAAGGCUGCCCUCGAAAACCCCGCUUUUUGGCACGCUUAUUUUCAAAACUACAAAACAAUUCAUUCAGUAAGACUACUCCUUAGCUUAAGCUGUCGGAAAGUGUUAUUACAUCGUCACCCUUAUCCUGAUGAACGUCAUCAUUAUUAUUCUGUGUUUCUACAGCCUCGUCUUCUCAGUGUAAGAGUAAAAAUACAAAGGCUGUUGAAAACAAUGCAGGGUACUCAAAGCAAAAUGCAAGUUAAAUUAUGUAAGUGAAUAUAUGAAGGUAUCAGAGCAUUGUUAAUAUGAUGUCUGAGUAAACUUAUUAAAGUAUGUAACGUUUCAGAUUGAAUUGUAUACAAAUUGUCCGUGUUUUGUGAUGUUGAUAGGUUUUAUCAUUGUAUGCAUGUGUUUGUAUAGCAAGAAACGUCAUGUUUACGUUU